AGGCUUCUUUUAAUUAUUUAAUUCCCAUAAUUUUUAGAGUAAACAAAGAAGUUCAUAAAUGGAAUAAAAAUAAAACAGAAAAAAGAGAAGAGAGCUUCCUCGUGAUCUGUGAAAGAGUCUUACGUGAAAACCCAGAUUGUCUUCGACCUCUUUAAAAGCCUCUUUGGUUCCAUCUCCUUCCUUUUUAACUUUGAACUCUGGUCACUGAUUACAUUCCAAGAAAAUCAUUUUUUUGGAGUAAAAAGAACACCCAGAGAGAGGUUUUUAUUUUUUGGGAAUGAUGUUUUGAUAAGUUUUUCUUUCUAGGAAUUUUGUUUCCUUCGGCUUUUGUAAGAAGAAAAAGCUUCAUUCAAAGGUUUGAGUUGCCAUAACUUAAAGCUUUUUGUACAAUGGGGAAAUAUUUGUGACAAUAAUGGAUCCUCAGGCUUUCAUCAGGUUGUCUAUUGGCUCUCUGGGUCUGAGGAUUCCUGGAUCAGCCCUGAAUUCUUCAAAGGCUGGAAUUCAUGCAUUCUCUUCCCCGUGUUCAUGUGAGAUACGACUCCGAGGUUUCCCUGUGCAAACUACAUCAAUCCCCUUAGUGUCCUCACCUGAGGCCACACUUGAUAUUCACAACAUUGCCUCUAGCUUUUAUCUAGAGGACUCUGAUGUGAAGGCUUUACUGACCCCUGGCUGUUUCUAUAACCCCCAUGCUUGUCUGGAGAUCACCGUCUUCACAGGGAGGAAGGGGUCACAUUGUGGUGUUGGAGUCAAGAGACAGCAGAUCGGAACAUUUAAGUUGGAGGUGGGUCCAGAAUGGAGUCAAGGGAAGCAAGUGAUUCUUUUCAAUGGAUGGAUUGGCAUUGGCAAAAACAAGCAUGAGAGUGGAAAACCAGGGGCUGAACUUCAUUUGAGAGUACAACUAGAUCCUGAUCCGAGAUACGUUUUUCAGUUUGAAGAUGUAACUAUGCUUAGUCCUCAGAUAGUACAGCUUCAAGGUUCCAUCAAACAACCGAUUUUUAGUUGCGAAUUUAGUAGAGACAGGGUGUCAAAGGUGGACCCUCUAGGCACUUAUUGGACAGGUUCUGCUGAGAGUUCCGACAUAGAGACGGAGAGAAGAGAGAGGAAAGGAUGGAAGGUGAAGAUACACGAUCUCUCUGGCUCAGCUGUUGCGGCAGCCUUCAUAACCACUCCUUUUGUGCCAUCAACAGGUUGUGAUUGGGUUGCCAAGUCCAACCCAGGAGCUUGGUUGAUUGUUCGUCCCAACGUUUGCAGGCCAGAGAGCUGGAUGCCUUGGGGAAAGCUCGAGGCAUGGCGCGAGCGUGGCAUCAGGGACACUAUCUGCUGCCGGUUUCACUUGCUGUCUGAAGCCCAAGAUGGAGCAGAGGUUCUCAUGUCCGAGAUAUACAUCAGUGCUGAAAAGGGUGGGGAGUUUUUCAUCGACACUGACCGACAACUGCGACAGGGACCUACACCGGUACCGAGUCCACAAAGCAGUGGAGACUUUUCUGCAUUAAGUCCGAUAGCCGGUGGUUUCGUGAUGAGCUGCAGAGUCCAAGGGGAAGGGAAGAGUAGCAAGCCACUAGUGCAACUGGCAAUGCGGCAUGUAACAUGUGUGGAAGAUGCGGCCAUAUUCAUGGCGCUUGCAGCAGCAGUUGACCUCAGCAUCGAGGCGUGCAAGCCUUUCAGGAGAAAGAUAAGGAUAGGGUCCCGCCAUUCUUUUUGAAAAAGGAAGAAAGAUUUAAGUCCAUGAAAGCAAUGAAUGGUUCUAUAUUUGUGUUUUUUUCUGUAACAUUUGGAACUGUGUAAACAUCUUGUGGUUAAUAAAUUAGCUUUUAGACGCCUAUCC